CUUUCAAAGUUUGAUGGUAUAAUACUUUAAUCAUCACUGCCUCCAUAUCUCCAUUGCAGAGCUUAAUCAGAAAAUCUCUGAAGAACGAACAAAAAUUAGAAAAAGUGAAAAGGAAAGAUGCGAUUCAGACAUCCGAGGAAGGACAUAAACAGCAUAAGCUCUCAAGACCGGCGAAGGCGAAAGCUCUUAGGCGGCCACUGCGAAUGUUCGGAGAAACAAGCCUUUCAUUUCUUCAUCAUCAUCACACCAUUCCAUUUAACUUAAGCACAUAAGAUCUGAUAAAAACGAAUCAAAACAUCUUCAAAUUGAAAACGCAGAAACAAUAACGAAGAAUUUCUGAAAACAAAAACAGAAAAGAAAACGGAGAGAAUUCAAAAAGCCUCAGACAUCCAGGGAAGGACGAAAGCAGCAUGCGCUCUCAAGCCCGGCGAAAGGCGAAAGCACUUAGGCGGCCACUGCGAAUGUUUUGAGAAACAAGCCUUAAAGAUUUAUCAUCAUUGGCUGAUAAUAAUGGUAAUAAUUCAAUGGAAAAAAGAUGAACAAAUCGCAGUGGAAAGAACAAAUCUAGGAACACUUGGGAUUCAGAUCCUGCGGUAUGGGGGAGCCAUGGAAGGGGAUUUAAGUAGAUAUUGGAUGGGGGUGUACGGGCUAUGAAUCUAGGGUGACAAUGGUCUUGCAUGAGUCGCUAAGGCUGUACCCGCCAACAGCUGAUGUGGCUAGGAGGACGGUGGAAGAGACGAAAGUGGGGGACAUAGUUUUUCCUCCGAGGGUAAUGUUGUCAUUACCAAUACUUCUUCUGCAUCUUGACACUGAGAUAUGGGGUGAAGAUGCAAAAGAGUUCAAACCAGACAGGUUCAAGGAAGGGGUAGUGGUAGCAACAAAUGGUAAAAACGCCUUCCUUCCAUUCGGUGGGGGGCCUCGAAUAUGCAUUGGCCAAAACUUUGCUUUAGCGGAAGCUAAAAUGGCCAUGGCGAUGAUCCUACAACGAUUCUCUUUUCAGCUCUCUCCUUCUUACGCUCACGCUCCCAUUUCAAUGGUGACAACUCGACCUCAGCAUGGCGUUUCCCUCAUUCUGCAAAAGCUCUAACGUGUCUAACGUUUUCUUGCAAAAAACUACUUUCGGGUAUCGUCAAUUUUUAUUAAUAAUUCCCAAGUCCCAAAUAUAAUCUGGGGUUCUCU